AGAAUGGCUUCGUUUGAUUUUUGUUUUGAUGGAUGGCUUAAUAAAAAUAUUUUGUUUUGAAUGGUCAUUUUUCUUGGUUUUUUGCCUCGGUUGUAGUGUGUUGGUUAACCUGGAUUUUAUAGUAAUUUUAGGAAACACACCUGUUUUUUAUUUGUUUUUUUUUAAUAUUUAAAGAUAGGAAUGUAAUUCGAAGAAUCAAUUUUUUGUAGUGCCAAUAAUGUUUAUAUUAAAUUUAAUGGUCAUGGCAUAAAAAUCUUAACAUUUAGAUAGUAUGGUGUUGCUUGUCGACGUUUGUUUCAUUUUGAUAACAGGCAAAGGAACAUAUUAUGUUAUGGACAUUGUCAUAUAAUACUGUGUACAGGAGAUGCACAUUCACCUAUUAGCAAUACUGUGUGUGCAUGGUCGACAGACGAGCUGGUCUUGCAGGGCGCUGGGACCCUGUUGGAAAGUGUGCACACUCCUGGCCACUGUGUCUAGCAUCUCUGGCAGUAAGAGCUAAAACACGACCACUCUCGCGCCUGUCAUGCCAGCCAGACCUGCAUAAUGUGUCAUCCUUGUCCAUAGAAUAGAGCAAGAGGAUGGCUGUUCAGCUCCUGAUCCCAGCAACGCUAAAUAUUUGAACAUCAGAUGGCUUCUCAAUUUUGCUUCUUCCGUUCAUUGGUACUUGGCAUCAUUGGAAUAUGCAUAAUCACCUACUCAUCAUUUUAUGGCACAAUUGGAUAUUUUUAUAUGAAAUAUGAUGGCACUGUAGCUGUUGGUCAUAAAAUUUUUUCCACUGCACAGCCCCAUCCGAGCUCUAUAGUGCGACAAGAGAAAAAAGUCUUCUCGGAUUCCACGCUGCACAUCAUCCGCCUUCCCCUUUCGCAGCAUGGAAGGAGGGGUGUCUGGCCUAGUCGUUGCGCUUGAGUCGUCUUACAAGAGCAGCAAUGCCGUAAUUUGUAGUCAGUCCAAACAGUUUUAUGUGCCUCAUGGCAUUGAGUUAUUAAAAUGUUUGUUUAAUUUUAUGAUAAUAAUUCUUUAUUGAAAAUUACCUUUUGAAUUUUAUGUAUAAACCACCUAUGCAUACAUAUUUAAUAUAUCUAUGUAUAAAGGAACUUCCAAAGGCACGGCUAGAAAAACUUUGAUGGACAGAGUCUAAUUUACUGCGUAGCUAAAAAAUUAUAACUGGGCCAAGAUUAUACCAAAGUGCUUCAGAGCCUAUUAAUUACAUGCAUGUCCCGCUUCAAAACAAAACAGGCAUAGAAAAUUACCACUGUGCAUGAACAGGAAUAAAAAAAAAUGUGAGUGAUAUGGAAAUGUCUAAUCUUGCUACCAAGCAAAUUUUGUGCUCUCAUAUUGCAAAUACGAAACUCUGACACAAAAUUUAACGUAGAAUUCUUUUAAAUAAUGCCUAGAAUGAUAAAUAUAUACACAAAUUGUGUUUUCAACUAAAUUUCUGGACGUGAAUCAAACACAGUUCUGAGUCUGCUACUAGAAUUUGCUGCUGAAGCAGGUACAUAGACUGUUGAAUCAUUCAAUUUGCAGAGUGAAAGGUUAAACUAUUUAAUGGAACAGCUCUUAUAAAAGUGAAAAAGACUUGGAAAAAUACUAAACCCGGGCUUUGGACCUGAUUUUCAACAAUGAAUUUAAUUUAAAUACUGAUUAAAAAUUCACUAAACAGUUUACGCACAUGUUAGAUGAUUAUAAAUUAUAACAAAGUCUUACACUAUAGUUGUACUACUAUAAAGUUUUAUUUCUUAAUACCUAUGCACAUUCAUAGACAUUCAUUUCCCAAUUAACCUUUAAUUUUAAUUUAAAAUUAAGGCUAUAGGUCUACCUAGUAUGAAAUAAUCUAAUAGACUGAGCUAUGUAUUUAAUAAUAUUGUAGCAAUAAGAUAUACAAAUAAAAUAUGUUCAUAUAUAUAUGCAAAAGCACAAUUUGUAUACACCUAUCCCUCACUUAGCAUGACUAAUUUGUUACUGAAAAUGCUCGUGUUAUUCGAAAUCACAUAUUCUGAAGCAUUAGUUUCCAUAAAUAGCAAGGCUAAUUUAUUUAAUGUGUUCCAAAAUUGUGUAGGAAAAUAUACUUUACAUAAUAUAAAUGCAUUGAAUAACACUCAACUAUAAAUAUGACACACCAUUUAUCUUUAUAUACCUCCCAUCGCACUUUGUAUAACAAAUACGACAUCGUGUAACGGGAGAUACGUGGUUAUGUUCCUUCUUGUCAGUCUGCUGGCUGAAAUGCCCACCCGGGCAUGACCUUCAACUCGCAUGGCGUACCUUUCCAAACCAUCCUUUAUUGACAGUGAAACCAAUAUUACUGUCCGGAUACUUACAUUUUAAGUUUAAAAAAAUUAAAGUGCUUAUUCGAGUAUCACCACCUGGUUCACACCAAUCCUGUCAGGCCAAUGAUUUUUUUUUCAUUGCAACAUUCAUUUAACAAUCUUUUCCACGUGAAUCAACUGUUCAUUUCUGUUCCGGUAUCUAAUGUAACAUAUAUUCCAGCUAGUACAACCAACAGUAUCAGACUUAUGCAAACCAUUGUAAGAGUCCUUAUUUACGAUAUGUACGAUUAUGCUCACAGUUAACUUGCUUAAAACUAAAGUGCAACCAACAUAAGCGUUGCCUUCAUGACAAUCUGCAUGCCGUAAUACUUCUAGUUUUGUCUCAAAUACUUGAACACGAUGCAUUAUGAGUGAUCAAGCACGUACAGUUACCGGCAGCUGAAUGGGCAGACGUUGCUUUUGUUCGAGUGAAUUCCCUGGCACUGGCUAGACUGAGUUCACGGCUCGGUUUGUGGCCAGGCGACAACAGUACGGCACGGCGGCAUACACUCCAUAGCCAUAAUUUAACUUGCCAUAUCUGAUGUUUGUACAACAGCUGAUAGCGUAGACAGACCUGCGCGCACAUCUUUUCCCCCCUUGUUUGGCUAACUGUAUCCCAUGGCACAUCUUUUGUUUACAGAAAUUGAAACAGACUUUGUGGCGCCGUGCUCGAAUUUUUUUUUUUUUUGGCUGCUGAGAUUUCGUGCUAACUGAAAUUUACAGACGUGCUUUUCAAGACUGGAUCAGUAAAAUUCACAUCGUGCUAAAUGAAUCCAUGCAAUCUGAUGACGUGCUAAGUGAGGGAUAGGUGUAAUCCAAUAAUCUGUUACUAAAAAAAGUAAAAAAUCUUUUUUUCUGUGACAAGGUUUCAACCAUAUGAAAAAUUACUCCUUGAGCUUAUCAACAGUGCGUUCUACAACUGCUCUAUUGAGACAAUAGGGAAGUUUCUUACAUGUUUUAAAAUUUGGGAUUACUUUUUACCAUGACUAUAUUAGUUUACCUAAUUUAUUCCAGGGUAGUUUCACUCUCAUAAAGUGACUAUUUACUAGUGAUGGGUCGGUCCCAGUUCUUGGUUCCGCCGGUUCUCAGCAAAUUAACCGGCACCGAGAACCGGAAAUAUGUCGGUACCAGAUCAGUGGCGUAGCCAGAGGGGGGGCCAAGGGGGCCAUGGCCCCCCCCGAAAGUUAAAUCUUAUUUUUUUUUAAUAUAAAGUUUGCAUAAAUAAUUGUUAUUUAUUUUAAAAUACUCUUACACUUAUCUUAUUCAUACAAAAUUUUACCUCAAAUUUAUUAUUUUACAAUGGUAUUGAGGACAAAGAGAAGUAAUAUUUACUCGGUUCCAGUGCUUAGUCUAAGGAAAGCUGGAAUAACUUUGUGCGUCAUAGGAAGGAAGUUGUUGCCAGGUCAAAGUCUUUUCUUUUUACAGUUGUUUGUGUGUUUCUGAGGGCUGGCUACCUGGCUUACCCCUGUCACAGCAGGGGUGCGAGCUGGUCAGCCCCUGCUGCCAACUCCCUUUCAAAUAGCCACGCCUAGCGUAGCGUGCGAGGGGCAGGGGUAGGAGACUUGUGACCUUGUGAGGUAGGAAGGGCGAGCACUCAGCAGUGGUCACGGAUGUGUGCAAAAAGCAACAGUAUCGUCAGCUCGUUGUUACACGUAAAGUAUAGAUAUGUGCGACAAAAAAAGGAAAGGAAGUAAUUUACUUUCGUAUUUUAAUAAAGUGCCGAAGCAAGACGGAAGUGGAGAUGAAAUGACAAUAACAGCUAUUUGUUUUUAUUUACUUAUUUGUGUAUUUUAUGUGAGCCAACAUAAAUUAAAUCUCGCCAAUAGUCCAACACGCAAAUAUGUCAUGCGAAUCGAAGUUUUUAAUCGGACUGAAAUUUUCCAUGGGAAUAGGUAUUGUUCACAAUCUAGAUUCAAUAACCAAAACAUUUUGGUACCUACAUGGAAACAAUCAAUGUUUUUUAUUGUUUCAUCUAGAGAUGGACGAGCCUUAGAGUCUUGAGCCGACCCAAAAUGAGCUACAGAAAAACAACAUAAAAUCAAGCCGGGCAAAAAAAAAAAAAAAAAAAAAGAUCCUAUUUGAGCCUAAAUCAAUGCCAUUUAUACGAAGGAAAAAAUUGUUUCUCUUUCUUCAUAAUAAUUACGUUCAUAGUUUUUGACGACAAUAAAUAUUUUUAAAGGUUUCGAGUGUGUGUACAAUUUCUUCAUCUUAUUUAUUUUUUUAUUACAUUAUUUACUUUGUUGAAAUCUGUGACUUGAUUCAGUGGUUAAAAAUCAACUUAUUUGAUAUAACAUUUUAUAGCUCACGAGCGGCCCGUCCGGCUUCGCACGGGUGGACAUGAUUUUUUUAUAUUUUUAUAUUUGAUUAAUAUUUUGUUGUUGUUUCAUUUAUAUAUUUUUUUUUAACACAGUAUCACAUUAUCUAUGUAUACUUACAAUCCGAAUUUGUUCAUCGUUGUUUUAUUAAAGUAACUUAUUUAAUCUUAAGGGAGACAUAUUACUUAGUAUUUUUUAAUUUACAUUUUUACAUUUUAAAUUUUUAUCUGUUCCUACCUAAUUAAAUUUCCUAAGUAUUUUAAUUUGUAUAUAUAUAUUUUUUUUAGUUAAUUUUUUUUCUUGUUUUAGUUGUGCGUAUUUAUUUUAAAAGCUUUUCUAAGUCAUUGUAAUUUUUACAUUUCUGUAAUUAAAUUUUUAUUUUAAAGCUUUAUUUAAUUCUAUUGGUUCUUACUUUUAUUUUACAAAACUUUUACCUUAAGGCUUCACUGUACACUAUGUUGGCAGUGGUAUUUGUAGGUGAUAACAAAACAUAUUGAUUUUCAGGAGAUCCUACUCGAGAGAAGCAUUCUUUUCUUAGGUCGAUGCCAACAAUCGAAAAAGUUUGUACCUGUGAUUUAUUUAUCGUAAGGGCAAACAAUAUCUUCACAGGAAACUGUAACCUUUUAAAGGAUAUAGGCAAAUCUGUCGGAAUCAUCGGGAUUCGCGGAAUGUGAGCGAGCUGUCUGGCCGUGGGCCCAGUGAUGAUUGUUGCUACAAUCACAUUGUCUCGUAAUUCCUUUAUCAAAAGUUUUGUGCCAUUACACAUACUAGGAGGGCUUAAAUUUCUCAAUAGCAUAAUGGGAGUACCUCCUUUUAAUUUUAGUUCGUGGGGUGGCAAGUCGACAGGAUUAAGGGAAUUUAAAAAUUCUUGUGGGUAGUGUACUGUAUCUUCGAUGUUGCACAUGGUGUUAAUAGAUUUGUAACAUUUAUAAUCACCAGGUACUUUUUCCAUAAUCAUUAUAUUUAUCUCAUUUACUGAGUCAUUUCUCGGUGACACUAUCGCCCUUGAACAGAGCCAUUUGAAAUUUCUUUCUGUGAAAUUUUCGAUGUCGGGAUAGAUUGUGUCCAUCAGAAUUUCUAGUCUGUUAUCAGUUUGAGCUAAUUCAUUGUCCAACAAUACUUGGGGGCUAUGUAAAAUGUUGAAAAAAUGUAAAUAAAAAAAUACUAAGUAAUGUCUCCCUUAAGAUUAAAUAAGUUACUUUAGUAAAAAAACGAUGAACAAAUUCGGAUUGUAAGUAUACAUAGAUAAUGUGAUACUGUGUUAAAAAAAAAUAUAGAAAUGAAACAACAAAAAAAUAUAAAUAAAAGGUAAAAAUAUUAAAAAAAUCAUGUCCACCCGUGCGAAGCCGGAACGGGCCGCUAGUGACUUAUUAAAUUCGUAAUAUCUAUUGAUUGGAAUAGCCGAUUUGAACAAUUCAAAAAGUAAUCUACAUGAAUCGAAACAGUCUUUAAAACAAUAUGAUUUAUUUGGAUAAGGAUUUAAACAGAAGUAUGAAUAACAUCGUCUAAUUUUGGUCGGUAUUUCUAUAAACUUUUAAAAUGUAAGAAGUGGUUAUUGUGACAUAACGAUAAUAGUUGGACACAUAGUAUCGUUAAGUUUUUUGUAGAUAUUGAUAUGUUAUUUAAUAUUGUAGAAAAUACUUUUGUUCUAUCAUCAAUAGUUUCCGCAGCGCAUGCGACGUAAGAUGUUUUAUGGCAUUUUUUUUACACCUUGGGUUACGUUACUAAAGUUUUAGUAAGGAUUCCUUAUAUUUUCUAGCAAUAAAUAUAGCCUAUGUUACUCAGGGUGAAUGUAGCUUUCUAAUGGUAAUAAAAUGUUUGAAAUAAUAAAAUGUUUGAAAUCGGCACAGUAGUUUUUGAGUUUAUUCAUUACAAACAUACACACAAAAAUACAAUUCUUUCCUCUUUAUAAUAUUAGUGUGGAUGAAUAAAACAGUAUAACAUGCAUGUCAAUGGAAUGGGGGGAAACUAAUUUAUAUACAUCAUUAGUCACAUGCAUGUUAUUUAUAUUAACUGCAGUUAUUAAUGGGGUAAUUUGUAGAUAAAAGCUGUACAAUAACAUUCUGCAUUUAAUUAUUAGGUUCCCUGUGAGUUAUUUGUUUAUGUAUUUUACGAAGUUACGUAUGAAGUAGACAGUCAAAAAACAUACCGUAAAUAUUUAUAAUAACAUAAAUACUUUGAAUUUGUUUAUUGUGACUUUACAAAUGCUUUGGUACCCAUGAUCAACCAAUUAAUCGGACAGUGCUACAGAAGUGUCUUUUUUCUUUAUUUUGUACAGGCUGCUGACGAGAAUAAAACAUCGCAGUGUUCAGGUCCUUCUUUGGAACACAGACAAUCUCUUUAUGAGCAAAGCACAUUUGAAAUGGCGAGUUUAAAAAUGCAAACUAAGCAUGAUAUCGGGAGUUUCAUUGACAGACACAAUGUAAGCGAAGAUGAAAAGGAAGCUGUUUUAAAAAACACGUGAACUCCAAAUGCUGACUACAAAUUUGAAAGUCAAUUUAAGGGCAAUAGAAAAAGGAAUUUUCAGAUUAAUUGGUUGGAAAGAUUCAGCUGGCUAGCAUAUUCCAAUGAAAAGAAGGGGGCAUUUUGUAAAUUUUGUGUUCUUUUUGGACCGACUUCAAGUAGUGGUACUGGUAAAGGAUCACACCAAUCUGUUGGUUCUCUGGUUAAAAUCCCUUUCACCAACUGGAAGGAUGCCAUCGAAUGCUUUCAGAAUCAUGCAAACAACAAAUACCACAAAGAUGCUAGCGUAUCAGAAAGUAACUUUCUUCAGAUUUGCGAUGGUAAAAGAGAGGACAUACAAACUCAGCUAAAUAAUCAAGCAAAAGAAAUCAUCUUAAGCAACAAGAAAAAAUUAGCAGCAAUUAUUCAGACAAUUGUGUUGUGUGACAGACAAGAAAUUGCACUUAGAGGCCACAAAGAUGCAGGACGCCUUUCUAUUGAAGAACCCGACAGUAAUGAUGGCAACUUCAGAGCACUGUUGCGAUAUCGUGCUAAACAUGGGGAUGAUGUGCUAAAAGAACACAUCACAACCUGUAGUGGAAAUGCUAUGUACACUAGCCCAACUGUACAAAAUGAGAUCAUAACCAUUAUUGGCACUACUCUCCAGGAAACCAUUGUCAACCGAGCAUUAAAAGCGAAUUACUUCACGGUACUGGCAGAUGAAACAAGUGACGUGCAGCGAAUAGAGCAAUUUUCGUUGUGUAUAAGAUAUGUUGAUCCAGAAGUCACUGAACUGCGGGAGGAUUUUCUGUCAUUUGUUCCCGUGUAUGAUGUAAGUGGGGCUGGACUAGCAAAUACUAUAAAGAAAAAUUUGGUUUCCCUUGGUUUGGAUAUGAACAGACUAAGAGGUCAGGGAUACGAUGGAGCAUCGGCAAUGAAAGGCGAAUUCCGAGGUGUCCAGGCUAUUAUAGCAGAAGAAUACCCGAAGGCAUUGUAUACUCAUUGUGCCUCGCAUUGCCUUAACCUCUGCCUCAACGAUUCUUCAAAGAUCCCAUGCAUUCGAAAUUCUUUUGGUAUUAUGAGUGAGGUGUGCAAUUUUUUUAGAGCUUCUCCUCAUAGAAUACAUGUACUGAAAACCAAAUUAAAUUCUUCACCACUGAACCACACGGGCUUAAUAAAGUAUUGCGAAACACGUUGGGUAGAAAGGCACGAAGCAGUUUCCCUUUUUGUAAAUGCUCUGCUUCAUGUGAUUGAAGCUCUAGAACACAUCACCGACGAAAACAAGGAAGGAAGUGCUAAAGCACAGAUCCUUCACAAAUGUGUCUGUGACUUUAGCUUCAUUAUUAGUCUUAAAGUUUCCGAGAAAAUGCUUUCACUGACUUAUUCACUCUCCCAAUGUCUACAGAGCAAAUCCAUAGACCUGGCUACAGCUCUUAGCCAAGUUGAGUUAGUUGGCCUAAAAUUAGCUGAUAUGCGCAGCAACAGCGAUGAAGAAUUUGAAAAUAUUUUCAAAGAUUCUUUAGAGCUUGCAGAUGUUCUUGGUGUGGUUCCAGCAAUCCCAAGAUGUGUAGGCAGGCAGAAACAUCGUGAAAACUACUCAGCAAAUUCACCAAAGGAGUACUUCAGGAGGAUGUCUUUCAUUCCUUAUAUUGAAGAAAUGAGUUCAUCCCUCAGUGAAAGAUUCUUAUCUCAUAAGAAUAUUAUUGUAGGAUUGCAGUGCAUCAUACCAGUGAAUGUUGUAAAAUCUAGUUUCAGUGAUGUAGAGACAGCUUUUAAUUUCUAUGCUGAUGACCUUACAAACACCAAUAAAGUCAUGUUCAAAGGUGAGUGGGAUUUAUGGAAAAUGAAAUGGAAAAACUCCAAAGAUGAGCUACCGAAGGACGCAAUCACUGCACUGAAGAAGUGCGAAGAAAUGUUGUUUCCAAAUUUACAUAUACUUCUGGAAAUUCUGGCCUCUCUGCCUGUUACCACAGCAUCAGUUGAAAGAAGCUUUUCAACUCUGAAGAGACUGAAAACCUAUCUCAGGAACAGCACUGGUGAAGACCGUCUAAAUGGACUCGCACUAAUAUCCAUACACCGCAGCAUACCAUUAAACGAAGAUAUAUUGAUUGAGAAAUUCGCAAAGAAGAACAGAAGAAUGCUGCUUGUUUAGAUGGAUUAGUAAAAGAGUGGCCUUUAAAAUGAUUAAGAACGUGGUUAUAAAUUCUUAAUAGCAGUUUUAAAUUUUUGUUUGGUGUUUUCAACUUUAAAAUGAUUUUUUGACAGUUUGUAGAUAACUUUUUUUUUAAAGAAGUAUUGAGUUUUCAUAAAAUCACUAUGAACAUAUUCGAGAAAACAUGUAAAUUAUAGAAGUUGUUCACUUUAGGUGUCUAUACUGUAUAUACGUGUUUUGAGAUUUAGUUAUCAUGGAAAUAUUAGCACAUAAUUUAUUUCUUUAGUGCAUAUUUUACUUUUUCAGAUACCUAUUGUUUGAUGUUUUAAAAGUUUAAAUGUUUGUUAUUGAAAUGUUAGUAUACAUACACUUCUUAAGUUCUUAAUGGCUAGGUUUUUAAGUAUCAUGAAUGAAUACGAGAAAAUUAAUAGAUUAUAUUUGUUCGUGCAAUGUGUUUAUACAGUAUGUAGCUAAUGUAAUAUUUGUAUUUGGUGUUCGAUUGACCAAGGAAACAUUAGCCCUUGCUUAAUGUAGAUUUUUAUUUAAUGUAUGUUUGUUAUUAUAAGAUUAUAAGUUUAGAAAUUUUUACUUGAAAUGCCAAUAUACUAUGCUAUUUUUUUAAGCAGUCCCGAGUAUACUUUCUAAAGAUACAUUAAAAGAAAAAAAUGUAUAUUCAGUACAAACAGUGCAGCUAAAAUAGUAUGAGAGUAUUGAGAUCAAUGGAUUGAUUAAGAUUUAAGAAAACAUUAGCACUUGCUUAACACACACACACACACACAUAUAUAUAUAUAUAAUACUAUUAAAGACGUAAGUCACGUAAUUAUUGUCGACAGUUGAAAGAAAUUGUAUUUUAGUUUUAGUGUUCCUGCUUGCAAGCCGUUUGUAUAAGUACUUUGAAGGUCAUUUAAAUAAUAGUGAAAUUUUUCACACAAAAUUUUUUUUACAAAAAUAUUGUAUUAUCUGCUAAUUAUAUAGUCUGUAUUGUGGCACGAUAAACGCUUAAAUAGCACCAUUUUGCACCUUGAAAUCCUAAUUUUUCCGGGGCAGGAUUCCCGGAACCCCCCCCCCCCCCCCAAUUUGGAGGACGGGUGAAUGACGAAAUGUGGGCCCCCCCCGAACAGAAAUCCUAGCUACGCUACUGGUACCAGUGCCGAUACUACGAAAAGCAUUACAGUUAAUACAUUCCCCAGUAAAAUGCUAUGGUAUAUUGCCCACAACCAACACACACAUAUUCUCUCACUCUCUCUCUAACACACACAUGCACGUACACGCAGCCCCAUGUGACAAGCGAAUGGUUCCUAAAUCUUUGAAAAUUGCAGGUGACACAUACAAAGGCAGUGUCCCCUUACCUCCCUUCAUCCAUUUGUGUUCUCUGCUAGCCCGCCGCCAUGGCCGCUGGCAGGAAGUGUCCUAAAGUAAACAAGAGUUUUUGUGCAGAGAUUCCAACCCUCUUUUUGUCCCUCUUUUCACUAGCAAACAGGGAUGACCAUUUCAACUAAAAGUAGACCUAUAGAAAUUAACACAGGCUCAAUAUACUUUAAAAAGUUAUAAAAAAUAAACUGACAUUUAAAGUGGUCUUUAACACUCAAAACAAAAACUUACUUUGUUCUGUCAACUUGCCCUAACUCUAAAAGCCCACAAGAUCAGUACUUUACACAUUCUCUCUCAUUCUUCCAGCUCUGGCUGGCCGAGGUUUUUUUAAUCACUCCCACCUCCUCCUCCAAUAGGCUUCAUAUGCCCUUCUGAAACGCCUGGUCUCUCCAGCCUUCAGCACUUACACCCCAGUCAACUACAUAUUUACCAGCCACAGUUUCAAGCCGAACGACCCAGUGACAAUAAUAAUUCAAUUAUUCUGUAAAAAAAGCUGAUGGACUCAUUCUUGCAAAACCUCUUAGGGAGAAAAAGGCAGGAGUUGACUAAAAAAGUACUAGUAAGAAACUGGAUGUGCCAGCAGGCUAAAAAUUGUCUGUUCCAAAUUUUUUGAUAAAAUUAGUGCAGAUGAAAUGGACUUGGAAGGAGAACUAACGUCUACUCCUAAGCCGAAAAGAGGACGCCCACGUAGAAAUCGAAAACCAGAAACAGAAUUUGAACACUCCAGUUCUUACAGUCUCCAUGACAGUGGUAGUCGUUCUGAUGAUGGCUCCAAUUUUAAUGAAACUAAAUCUGAAGAUUUUGGAAAAGACGUUGGUACCAGUGGGCCUAGCAAAGAAUAUCUACUGGAACCAAAAUCUCUAAAAAGUAAUUUAGAAAAAAGUGAUUUUGUCAUAGUAAAAAAAAUGCAAGAAAGCAUUCUCCUGGUUUGAUAACAAACUGCUGAGUUAAGAAAAAUCAAACCCUACAAUAGACUGCAUGAGCAAGACCAAAAUGUCAGGAUAUAGUCUGAUAAAAUUAAUAAUUUUGUUUACAAAUGAGCUGACAAAGAAAAUAAUCAACUUUCCCAAGCUAAUGAAACGAGGACACUUAAGUGUUGCUGAGAUGGCUGAUUAUUAUUUAGAUUGAAAAGUUUAACUUUGGCAAAAAAAAGUCAUAAGAACCAAAGGACAUGCUUUGAGAAAUUGUUUUUCAUAACUACAAUUGGUUUAUUGUUUUUCAAAAUGAUAAUAAAAACAUUUUUUAGCAAAUUUGCUAGGUCCAUUCAUUAGCAGUUUAUUAAGGUAGGGGGUUUCAAUUGUCCAACAUAAGAAAUCUAUUCAAUUUGUAUGAAAUCAAGUGAAUGGACCAAAGUCACCCCAAGCAGAGGCUACUUUGGUCCAAAACUUUAAAAAUAGUAAAUAAUUAAAAAAAAAAAAAGGAAAAAAAAAAUUAAAACAAUACAGUUGCCUCCUUUAUACAAUGUUAAUUGGUUAAAACUCAACUUGGAUAAUGUAAAACCAAAUAUUUUGUAUUAACAGAAAUGUUAUAUUUACGAAACAUAAAUUUUCUUUGAGAAGUUUGUUUUUGGUUUAUUAUUUUGCAUGAAUGAAACUUCAUUAUAACAGCUUUUAGACAACUGAAAACAUUAGUAUUAUGUUUAAAUUUGCUAUUUUAUUUUACCAAAGAUGACUUACAUUUAUUAAAAUUAAUUGGAUAUGUUCUGAACACUCAAAAUGGCCACCAAAAAGACUUCCAAAACACUUAAAAAAUUACAAAUGAAGGGAAAAAUUACAUUGAAGAAGAUAGAAAACAUGUCUAAAAAAAAAACUAUCUGAAGGUCUCUGGGCAAUGACAGAUGGACACAGUUAUGACGUUUUAGAGAUGUGCCAUUCAAGUAAUUGUGUGACGUACAAAAUGUAAUAUAAUGGAAAUUCAUGCCUUGCUCUUAUGGGGCUCUUUUAUAGAGACAUUACAUUUUUGGAAAUAGUGGUUUCAAAUAUUUUCUUCAUCACGGUAAAGUCAUGCUUUUUACCAUUAGAUCAAAAAUUGAUUACAAGUGUUGUAAAGGUUUUGAUGAAAGGCACUAUCAUGAUAAUUUGUUCUGUAAGUGUAAGGAGGCGAAAAAAAAAAAUUGUACAUAUUUUUGGCAAAGCACAAAUCCACAUUCACUAGACAAACAGGGUUAGAAUUUUUAUGAUGAAUAAAUACAUAAUUUUCGGGGCCUUAACUCUUCAUCAGUAUACUAACACAAAGAAAAUAUUUCUGUGUUCAAUGUAUGUACCUAUGUACAGGGGUGCAACAACAGGGGGGGGGGAAGGGUAUUUUGCCCCCCCUCUGAAACCUUGAAGUGGGGGCAAACGGGGGCAAAGAAAGUGCUGUGUAAUCAAUUUUUAGAUACUAAAACUGCUUAAAUAGCACCAUUUUCCACCUUUAAAUACAAAUUUUCCCGGGGGAGGACCCCCGGACCCCCCCGCUUCAAUAGGGGGGAUCGAUGAUUCUUUAUAAAAAGGUAUUUUGCCCCCCCCCCCCCCCCUGGAAAUUUAGUUGUUGCGCCCCUGCCUAUGUAUACAGAAACUGUUGACCGUUAUGUAUGUGUCGAGGGUCUUAGGAAAUAGUCUAAAAAAAAAAAAGCAAAGAAAACCUUUAGGUUUGCAUUAUCCAUGGUAUGGAGGGAGCAAAAAAAUAAUUAAAAUGAUUGUGAUUUUUGCAGCAUUGGUUUCUGGAUAUAAUUCCAAAAAUAGGAAAGUAAUUGUCUAUCCUAACCUACCUUCAUGCUAUUCAGCCGGAAGGACAUGGACAGAUACUUCAUGUCCCUUAGCCACCUCAUUUUAUUGAUGAUGUUUUACAGUCAGAAGAAAAUAGGCCAGGUGAUGAGGAGUUCCAAUGUUUUCCAGAAAAUUUAGAACCACAGUUGUUUACACAAGCUGAGUUAAAAACAUGAUUUAGUGAGAGAUUUGGGUUUGACAUGAAAAAAUAGAAUUGUUAGGUUCUAGGCUGAAAGAAAAAAAUAUAUUGGCAUCUGGGACAUCUAUUUACCAAUAUAGAACAACAGUUUGCUCAGUUUUUAAAGCAGGAAGAGGAUUUGGUUUUUUGCCAUGAUAUUGGUAGUCUAAUGAAUGAAUUUGGCAUUGAGUAAAAAGAGGAAGAUUGGAGGCUUUUUAAAGAUUCAUUAAAAACUAGUUUUAAUUCAGUUCUUUUACACAAUAGAAAUACUUAUGCUUCACUGCCCGUUGAUCAUUCAGUCCAAACAAAGGAAUGUUACAAAAAUCUUGACAUGAUUUUAUAGAAUAUUAACUAUCCAGCUCAAGAUUAGAUGCUAUGUGGAGAUCUGAAAGUUGUUUGCAUGAUUCUUGGUCAACAAGAAGGAUUUACAAAGUUUCCAUGUUUUAUAUGUGAGUCGGACAACAGAGCAAGGGAUUACAUUGGUCCACAAAACACCUGGCGUGAAGAACAUUUUGCAUAAACUUUAGUAGAUCCAAAAAUGAUUUUUCUACCGCCUCUACAAAUCAAGUUAGGCUUAAUUAAACAAUUUGUAAAAUAUGGUGAAUGUUUCAAAUAUUUCCCCAUUAAUCAGAAACCAAACUGAGAGGAGGGGUUUUCAUUGGGCCUGAUAUUUGUAAAAUGAUGUUCGAUUCCAACUCUGAAGAAAUGGUUACUACAAAGGAAAAUGAGGCUUAGAUAUAAUUUAAGCAAGUUGUGACCAAGUGUUUUGACAAUGUGAAAGACCCAAACUAUGAGCUUAUCAUAGCUAAUAUGAUAGACAAGUUCAAAAAUCUGGUAUGUUUGAGGAGUCUUAAAGUUCACUUCUUGCACAGCCAUCUGACUAUUUUUUUCCCCUGAAAACUUGGACAACGUGAGUGGAGAGCAGGGGAAGCAGUUCCAUCAGAACAUAAAGGUGAUUGAGAAAUGGUACCAGAGACGGUAGAAUAUCAAUAUGUUGGGUCACUUCAUCGAGAAAAACAAAAUGUGUCGCAUCAGAGAUAAAGCUAUAUAUUUAUAUACAGACAAAAAAGAAAGGAAAUACAAAAAAUUAGUACGUAAAAUAUUUGUAUUGAAGUGGUGAAUUUUAUGAUGACUAAAAAUUCUAGCUCAAUUUAAAGAUAAGUAUGGUUUAAGUUAUAUAUUUUUAUUUUUUAUGUAUCAAAUUUUUUCCCAUUUAAAAAUAUAAUCCAUGUCAUAUUCUAAGAGAACUAUGGGUGAUACAAAAAAAACUUGCUACCAGAUACGGUUUCAGCAACCAAAAAUACGUAAUAUUUUAAUGUAUUUGUUUAAAAAGUUUUUACAAUUUUUUUUUGUUGGCCUGAGUAAUUCUCUAAAAAGUAUCAUUUAAUAUUACAAAGUUUUUACAAAUCUUUUUUGUUGGCCUGUGUAAUUCUCUAAAAGGUAUCAUUUAAUUUAAGAAAAUUUUAAUAUAGCAAUACGAAGGGUGUACUAUAUUGAUUUAUAUUUGCUAAAAUGAACAUGUACUCAAGGCUUAAAUACCUAUAUAACAUCAAAUGAUUCUGUAUUAUAAAACGUAAAAGUUACAAUGAAAUAUACAAUUAUUAAUUUGCUAACAAUUUCAUUCUCUGACUGACAUAUACUUAUCAUAUCAAAAAAUUGCUUUCACAAUGUGAACACAUUUAUUCAGUUAUAUAGUCAAAUGAUACUACAUUUCAAAAUAUAAUUGCUAUAAUAAAUUAUACAUGUAAUAAUUUGCUAACUAUGCUAGCUAUGAUCUGACAAAUACUCAUAUUUCAUGAAAAAUUCCAUAUAAAACUAUAAAACAAGAGCUCGAAAGUCCAUAUGAAUCCGUGAAAACACUGCAUAUAUUUACAGUUAAAUAAUACGCAAAAAUAUUCUGCAUAACAUGUAUGGGUUAUAACCAAUAUACAAUUACUAUUUUGCUGAUGUUUCUGUGUGUUCACUUGUUAACUUAGUGACAAAAAUCCAAUAAAUUUGUAAAAUAUAAAAUAAAUGCUUUAUCUUUCUUCAAACUGAGAACACAAUUUAUACAGCUAUACAACUAAGCAAAUGAUACUGCAUUACAAAAUAAAUAUGUAAUAACUAAAAUCACAUGAUAUAGUUUUAGAUACUCGCAAAACAUGACAAAUUGUUCACACAAUACUUAAAAAAACAAAACAAAUUUUUUUUACAGAAAAUUUAAAAUAAUUGAAUAUGAAGCUUUGUAAUAUUCAUUCAAGUGGUAGGUAUGAUAUAACUGUCGUCAUACUCAAACAAUGAAUGAACAGGCAUGGCUACCCUCACAGGUGCAGUAAAGCAUCAUCCUUGAAAUAGUAGUGAAAAAGUACAGAACAAAAACAAACUAAUUUAAUAUUAGUGGGACAACUCAAACCAAAUAUAUUAUUUAUCCAGGGUGGAAACUUAACAGUAGGCAACACUUCUAGCACUGUAGCAUAGUAACGUACAUACUAAUUGAAGAGGUGGAUUCCAAAAGGGGUUAAGUCACAUUUUAGCGAUUUUGUGUUUAUAUGUGGAAUAACUAACUUUUUACUAUUCGCAUCUAUGGCUGUAACAGGUAUUCCAAAAGCGCUUAAGUUAUAGCUGUUAUGCGGUAGUGAAAUCUGGGUUUCUUUCCAAAACGUCCUAAGUCAGCAGUGUUUUCCAAACAAGCCUUGGUUAGUCAUGCACCGAUAUGCGCAUGCAUAAACAGGUAUUUGUUACUCUAUGGUGAAAGUAUUGUCAUGGUUUUGUACUGCAUAGAGGUUAUGUCUGUUUAUUAUUGUUAUUGUGGUGGUUUGUCUUGUCAAUAGUUAAUGUAUAAGUAAAUGCCAAAAUGAAUGUAAGUGAACUACAAGAUAGCACAUGUUCUGUAACAGAUAUAAGUAGUACACAAAGUAGAAAACGAGCAAUAAAUGAAGAUAAGUGGGUUAAAAACCGUAAAAAGUUUGCCAGAAACAGCAGUGAGGCCCAUGGUGCUCCUUUGGUUGCAUGAACGCAUAAAGAAGGCGGUAAUAGUUGUAAGGCUGCUUUGCUGUCUACAGCAGAUAUAAGUGCAUUUUAUGACAAAAUCUAUUAACACAAAACAGCUGCUGAACAGAAUAGCUUUGUUUUCAAGUAUAUUGUCGCACAAGAGCCUAAACAGCGUAGGCCCAGAAACAAAAAUAAGCCUAGAAGCCGUACCGUUACUAAAUAUUUCAUAUUACAGACAAGCGGUCGUAUUCUAAAUGUAUGUAACAAAACGUUUUUGUCUGUAACGAGAUUUUCUCGUAAAAGAAUAAACACCUUAAGCAAACACAUGGAAGUAUAUGGGGAAUGCCCACAUGAAAGGCGUGGUGGGGCUAGGUUAAAUCCCAAACACACUGCGAUAAAAGACUCAAUGAUUGCAUACAUUAAAACGUUUAGAUGCAAUGAAAGCCAUUAUGGCCGAGGAAAAAGUGUUCGUGGUUAUCUUAAUCCUGAACUUUCUAUCAAAAAGUUGUGGCGAAUGUGGAAAGAUAACCAAAAAAUAGAAAACAAACCAAUUGCUUCAUUAUCUAAGUUUUUCAAGGUGUUUCAAAACAACUUCAAUCUCAGCUUCGGAAGCCCAAAGACGGAUGUGUGCUCAUUUUGUUACAAGACUAAGAACCAAAUCAAGACGUCACGUGACCUUGCUGAAAAGGCUCGAUUAAUGACUCAGUAUAGGCUACAUACUCUUAGAGCUAAAAAAUUUUAUGAAAUCAUGAAGAAACAAGAAAACAAUAUAAUAAGUGUUUCAUUUGACAUGGAACAAAACCAACCACUGCCCAAAUUAAGCAUUGGUGAGGUCUUUUAUGCCAGACAAAUCUGGCUGUACAAUUUGACGUUUGUUUUGAUGGAAAACCAACAAAACACUUCCAACACAUCUGUGUACACUUGGACUGAAGACCAAAGUGGUCGAGGUUCUAAUGUAGUAUGUUCGGCAUUGAGUCAUUUUUUGGAAAAUCUUGAGAAAAAAUUGGCAAAUGUACCAAAAAUCUUUUUGACUCUGAGAUUAUUUUCAGAUGCCUGCAGUGGGCAAAAAAAAACACCAAUGUUAUGAUGUUCUUACUCAACUACGUUGCCAAAUCAAGAACCUUUGCAAAAGUGGAACAUUACUUUCCAAUCAGAGGUCAUAGCUAUAUGCCCCCUGACCGAGUAUUUGGAAGAUUUGAAAAGGAGUUACGGAAAAAAGAAACAAUAUUAGAGCCUUGUGAAUAUCACAAGGUAUUUGCGACGGGUGCUACAGUAAAUUUGUUAGGCAUAGAUUGGGUGGUCUCAAACUUUAUGGAAGCUUCAAAGAAGGCCAUAGUAAAAAGACUUCCCUUUAAAAUGCGUGAUCAACGUGUUCUCAUCUACUCAAGAAUGCAUGACACUACUAUUGACAUUCAAAACACAUAUUGUGGUCUGCCAACAACAGUCAAGGUGACUAAAUCACGUACAGUAUUGAAAGAAGCGUACACAAACGUUCCUGUUUCGCCAGCAGAAAACCAUAUUAGUGAAAAGAAGCGACAAGAUGUGAAGAAACUUCUGCAGUUUGUUUCACUCAGUCAAUGUGCAAGACAGUUUUACCAAACUGCUCUGACUAACAAUGUAGAAGGAGAUAACGACAACAAUAUUGUACUAUAUGAUGAAGAAGAGCCAUUCCUUUAAACAUUGUAACCUUAAUGUUCACUCAAAAGACUUGACACAUUUUAAAGAUCAUAUUGUUGCUUUUGUUUUGUACUAUGCAUAAGUCUACAUACAUAUUUUGUUCAGUAUUAUGUAAACAUCACACUUAGGCCUGUCAAUCUGGUAGGACUAAUAUUCUUCAAUUACAUGUUUUUCAAAAAGUCCUCAGUCACUGACAAGUUUUCCAAAAAGCUCUUAGUCACUGACAAGUUUUCCAAAUAGCUCUAAGUCACUGAUGUUCCGUUUUCUUAACCUAAUUACAGGUAAUAUAUUGAACUCAUAAUCACAAUAACUGCCUGAGAACAUGUUCUUAAUGUAAAACAUUAGCAUUAUGUGGAUUUUGUGCUUGACAUUAUCAAAAUACACAUUCACACCAAAAAAAUUGUUUCCUGGAAAAAGUACAUUUUUGACUUAGCCCCUUUUGGAAUCCACCUCUUUAAUUGUGAGUGUUCAGGGAUAAGCAUGUGAAACUGUUGAAAUGAAUUCACCGCCUCCGCUUCAAGACGCCAUGGCAUGGUUGUCACCUUCCCCCCCUCCCCUCCUAUCAUUCCUUUCAAGUCAUCAUAAUCACCUCCUCUUCUUUGCUCUGGCCUCCCUCCUGGGUUCUUGCGCAUGCGCAGCGCGCUCUAGGCUCCUGUAUUUAAGCCUCGGAGCUCCCUGCCUCCUCCUUCGGGUCAUUUCAUUUGGUUCAGUCAAUGAAUUAGGGGAACUGUUUUCGCAUCUUAAUGUAGAAUAACGUAUUUGGACUUAGUGUUGGUGCAACGUGAAGGCCAGGCAAGACAUGACACGUAAGUUGUAAUUUCUGCAAGUUGAUUUAGCAUCAGACGGUGGCUCUGUCUCGUAAGGUAACGUAAACUGUCAAUUAUUCUCCCGUACUAUAAAUUAUUGUUUUCAACCGCCACCAUUUAAAUUCAUUUAAUAAAAAUUAAAGUAGCCAGACACGCAUUCAUAGGGACCAUCUAAAAAGGCCAUAAAAAUUAAUAAUGGCAUACACUAUACAUUAAUUUACAGCUACAAUAUUACCAUAUGCCUGAGGAACAUUAUCAACGUAUGUAUUAAAUUUUUUAUGGCGUAUAACUUGCUGUGCUGCACCAUAAUAUUCCCUUGUGUAGCAUGCCAUGUCCUGUUGAGGCGUGUUACAUUCGCAGAUAUGAUUGUCUUUGGCGAUUUUGCUGUGGCUUGGAAUUAAUUUCAAAUUAUAGCCACGUAUUUUCUUGCGUUCUGGUUUCUUGCCCUUGUCGUUUCUUGUGAGAGAAUUUUAGCCUCAUGAUUUUUUAUCAUGUUUGUAUGAAGCAUGUACAGGUUGCCGUUCGACUGUACCACCUGUCAUGUUUGGCCUCAUGAGGUGCAUUUCCUGUUAUUUAGUCAAAUUUUUAAGUCUUUUUAAACUGUUCUUGUCCUGGAAUUUUAUGUCUGUAUAAUCAUUUUUUGUGUAAUCUUUUGGUAUUUUCUUGUUAAUCAUUGAGGGGCAUAAUGCACUUAUGCGCUCUUCCCUUAAGUUUGCACUUGUUACAUUCAUUGUGAUAAGCAUUGUACCUUUUUUGCAUAUGUUGAUAAUGUUCCUCAAGCAUAUGGUAAUAUUGUACCUGUAAAUUAAUGUUUAGUGUAUGCCAUUAUUAAAUUGUUUUUAGACGGUCCCUAUGAAUAAGUGUCUGGCUACUUCAAUUCUUAUUAAAGAUUGCAUGCUUGCUAUCACGUAAUAUGUAUGUAAUUGUUCUGGUUAAAAUUGAAUUUAAUCUGGGCACUUAUGAUUGAGUUCUUGGCUUUUGUAGGCCUGUCUUGAUCACUUUAUGAUAGUUACAUUUUUAUUUUGUACACUUAAAAUUUAUGUACCCGAUAUAUGUACAAAAUUGUGUGAACUGGAUACAUCUAAUCUUGGUAGAAAAGAAUUUCAAUAAAGUUACACUGGCCUUGUUACACAAUUCCUUCUUUUUUCCAUAACUUAUGUUAUUGAUUUGUUGUUUGAUGUUUUUUAUUUGAAACACACUUAACGAUUCUGUCUAUUACAGCAUAGAGGAAACUGUGUUUGUGUAACAAUUUCAUUAUGUGCUUGAGCGUUGAACUGGAGGUUCUUAGUGGGAUUUGAACCCGGCACCCUUCACUGUGAUGGUUAGGGGUCAAUCAUUUGAAUGGAGCAGAGGACAGUGACAUCAAAACAACCAAACACUCUCCAAAAAAAAUACAUAUCAAACUUAAUUUACAACUUAACAUAAAAAACAUAAAACAACAAAAUUCAUGUUUCUACAAUUCUGUGACAUUAUUUCAUAAAUAAGCUAAAUAUGAUCUUCACAAAGUUAUUCAACAUAAUUUCCAUAAUUUUUUAAGAAAAAUGAUUAAAAUAAUACUAUUAAUAUAAGAAUUUAAAUGAAUGCUUUUUAUGGAAAAUCUUUCUUCAUGGAAUGCAUGUCUUCAAAUAUAUAACAUUAUACCAUUGCAGGUGAAAAAAGUACAAUUAUCCCAAAAUACAAGACUAAAAAUAAAGAUAUGAAGUUUUAAAGACACUAAGAUCAUUUGCUAAGAAAUAUACUCUGAGUAAAUAACGCAAAUGACCACUGACAUUAUCUUUCACAUGUCAAUGCAGGCAUUGGACAUUUGAAAGUUUUUUUUAUAUUAACAUGGAAACAUGUGGGAUUCAGUACAUGUAUUUUCUGCAAAUUAAAACUGUACAAAGUUAAUUUUGCAAUAUAUUUUAUUAUACCCUCAAACUAUGUAUUCAUUAUUUGUUUCUGUAUUAUAUUCUGUAAACUCGAAUUAAAUUUUCUAUGCAAAUUUACAGUAUGUAGGAAAGCCGAAAACCAUUUUAAGCAUUUCUGUUGACCUAACUAUAUGUUAUGUUUGGCCAACCCUGAGAAUUCUAGCUUAAUGCCAGCUUUGCAGCCUUUGAUUGCAAACCACCAGUUCUAUUUGGUACAAUGCCAGAGCUGGUUUUGACUGUUAAAAAUUUAAUGCAAUAUUCUAAACGAAUGUGUUAGCAGGGUUUCCUAGCACUGCCUAAGUUUUAGCAUGUCAUGUUCAUUUAUCUCUUGCUGUAAAAUCAGAGGAUUUAUUGUCUACCUAUUAUUAGCUGUCCAACUAUUAGUGCAAUGUGCACUCAGUAUGUAUUUUCAGUGGCAACUUGCAGGAAAAUCACUAGGGAGACAUUUAAAAAAUUGAGGAUUUUCCAGAAAAAAUUCAUAAACACCAUGAAUAAAACUUAGACCAUCUUUAAACCAAUUCAGAAUAUGGUUCUGUUGAUUAAAAUUUCUUUCUUUUUUAAUUUUCUGCAGAAAGUAAACUUAUAAUUACAAUUAAAAUAACUGUUUGAAUCACAGAUAUCUAUUGAAUAAAAUUGUACAUACCAGUCCAUACUAAUUGCCAUGCAAAAAUUGUAAAGCCUUAGCUGCACACUAUUUUUACAGGUCCAGUGCCUUGUGGUUAAUCAAAGGUUUUGAGGUAUAAAUAUUUAUUUCACUAGACAUAUAUUUUACAAAAACGAUGACACCCUAUGCUGGCAUUUUUUUUUGGGAGAAAAGUUGGUGGAACACUUCUUUUUUUAACCCUUAAAAAGGGCAGCUACUUCAUAAAAAUUUAAAUUUUUUUUAGGUUUACCAAAAAAAAUUUGCAGUUGAUAAUUGUAAUUUUAAGAAAUAUGAUUUUCUAUUUUCACUUUAAUGUGUGCAGGCUUAAUGCAAUAGUAAGAGUUGUGAGCGCAAAUAAAUUCUGCAGGGCUUUCAAAUAUUCAUUUCAAAUUUUCACAAUUCUAACAAAGUUUGAUAUUUCUGUUCCUUUUUCUCAGGAAAAUGGAAAGACUACUCCACUUAAGUUUUAUGGGAUUAUUUUUUCAAAAUUUCAGUUAAAAAAACCUAUUUCUUAAGUUUUAUACGCAUAGUGCAGGAAAUAACCCUAAUAGGUUCUGAUGUAAUGAAAAUGCACAUUGCAAACCUUGUUACAGAUCAAUUUCAAAUGUUAUGUAAAGGCUGUAGGUCUGUGCGCAUCAGCCAAAGAGGUCAAGAUGAGCUCAGUGAAAGCUAGUCUGUAGUCAUCCUUCCUGGGUCAAGGUCAUGUGAGACUUCCAAUAACUUAGGGGUGGAUUUAAGGAGGGGAGAGGGGUCAGCUCCCCCUACCCCCUUUUUAGAGACUGCCAAAAUAAAUGUACACUAGAAGGGUGGUUUACCUAGUAGCACGACUUAACCCUGCUCUACCACCAGACGGGGGCAGGUUUGUGAACAUAUCUGUAUUAAUAAAAAGUUUAAUACAUAGUUCAUAUUUAAUAGUGUAUAUACGUAGACACAGUGCUGUUGUGAUUAUUGAAUUUAAAUAUAGGGGUAAUUUCUAUGACAUCUCUUGAUUUUUAUGCUAGCCAAUCGUUCCUGUAAUAUGUUUUGAUAGAAUGAAUUGAUUUAUUUCCAUAAAUAUAUGACGGAGCAGUUAUUAUUAUGCAUUUACUAGUCAACAAAUUGCCCCUGUGUUUGAAAAAGAGCAGGCUACAUACAGGUUAUCACAGCUGAAAUUUAUAUUUCACUCUGGAAAAACAUUUUGAAACAAUUUUUUGUUUUUACUAACUAUACAAUUCAUUCAAAAUAAUGUGUGAAGAGUAAUAAUGUGAAAUGGGUACAGGUUUUGAUGUAGAAAUUAUAAGAUGUGUGUUUUGCCAUUUAUUAAUAAAAGGGGAUAUUUGUACUAUUCUUGAAGAAUCCUGUCUCAACUCAGUAAGUUCUAUAUUUUAACAUUUGUUGGUUAACAUCAUGUGUUGGAUUUCAAAAGCAUACCUACAUCCAAUCUUUCACUAACAAACAUCAAAAAAUAUAACCUCCUAUCGUGACACACAUAUAAACAUUUAAGUGGAUUAAUCAUUACGUUUAUACUAUUAAAAAUCAUUUUAUUUCAAGUUUCUGUAGUUAAAGUAAACUAACUGUCAAUAUUUCCGAUGGUUGACGAAGACCAAGCAAUGGUAAUUUGUAUUCUAUGAACUAUUUUUCAUCUUAACUUUAUUUUAAAUUAAUGUAUAUUAAAGGCAUCAAUAAUAUGAGCAGCAUAUGGUUCAAAACACUGUAACAAGCAUCAUAAUAUCUAAGAUAGGUCUCUGUUCAAGAAAAAUAGAAAACUUCUAUGGUAGUUGCCAUAUUUGGCUGCUAGUGAGGUCACAGACUAACACUGCCAAAUCCAGCCUCCACCCCAUUUCAAUCUAAAAUGCAAAGUUCAAACUAUGUCUAUUAGAAACUGGAGGAUUGCAGUGCUGCAACAGUUUGACACCACUACUUGAGAAUUGCUGCAAAACUAUUAAUUUACAGGCUCUUCAACAUAAGAAUUUGAUGGUAAGAAAAAUUCUCUGUAAUUUUUUUUCAAGGUUGGUCAAGUGAAGAAUUAAAAUUAUUAUACAGUAGUCUCGAUUCACUAAGCUAUAAUUAACCGAGAUUCCAUAUUAUCAGAGCAGGCUUAAAUGCACCAUUAUACCAGCAAACACUGUUGAAAAUUUUG